UUUGGGACCAACAUAUCCCUAAGAGAAACUUCAGACCAUCAGAAGGUCAAAGUUCCAUAAUGACAACACCUUCACCCGCUGAAGAUUCCAGACGGUCAACGCAGGAGAAUGUUUUCCUCUUCGUCCCCAACCUGAUUGGAUACACCCGCAUCGUCUUCGCCGUUGCAUCCCUCUACUACAUGCCCCUGCAUCCUCGGACAUGCUCCCUUCUCUACAGCAUAUCAUGCCUCCUUGAUGCUCUAGAUGGGGCGGCUGCUCGACGCCUCGACCAAUCCACCCGCUUCGGCGCGGUCUUGGAUAUGAUCACAGACCGCUGCACAACGACCUGUUUACUUGUGUUCCUAGCGAGCGCGUUCCCCAGGUGGAGCAUUGUAUUUCAAGGCCUAAUCAGCUUGGAUUAUUCUAGCCAUUAUAUUCAUAUGUACGCGACCUUGGCAAUGGGCGGAAGUCGUCAAAGUCACAAGAAUAUCGAUGAGAAUCGACCCUGGGCCAUGCGGCUCUACUAUUCAAACAUAUAUGUUCUCUUUACUGUAUGCUUGUUGAACGAGCUCUUCUUUAUCGCGCUGUACCUGCUCUCGUUCUCAUCUCCUACGCUGAUGGACCAAAAACCAACUGUUGCCCUGCCCACGCGGCCGCAAACAUGGAGCUCGCCGUGGAGCGCUGGAGCGAUGGAAAUGGCUCGCGCUAAUAAGAUAGAUAGUGCGGUUCCAUGGGCUUUGCUUGCCAUCUCAUCGGUCUUCAUGCUUUUUAAGCAGUAUGUGAACAUAGUCCAGUUCGUAGAGGCUAGCAAAUGGCUUGCGCAGGGCGAUAUGGAGAUCAGAAGGAAAGAACGAGAUUGUCGGGAAAAGACUUCGUGACAGCUUGUUGCACUAUGUGUAAUAUAGCUGAUGCUGGCUGCUGUUUGGAAGUUUGGGAAUGACGGUUGGCAUGAUGUGUUUCACGGUAAGAGUUACAUAGUACCUUCUGCGCCAUACUUCUUACUAGAGCUCAUUCAUACCUCUACUUUCAACACGCAGAUCAAUCAAGCACGACUUCAUUC